AUGGCGGCUGCUUGGGGACGGUGCUUCCCUCGAGCGUGGCUCUACAGGAGAGCCAGACAGGGCAGCGGUCGACUAUACAGGGCCGCGAUUUGUACUGAGUUGAAGCAGCCCCUGGCCGUUGAAGAGGUCGACCCCUGCCCUAUCCGUUCUCACGAGGUCAGAGUUGAUGUCCAUUUCUGUGGGGUUAACUUUGCUGAUAUAUUGGUGUGCCGUGGCCAGUAUCAGGAUAGGCCCUGUCUUCCCUUCACUCCUGGAAUGGAAUUUUCUGGCACAGUAUUGGACAUAGGCACAGAUGUCAGCACAGUGAAAGAGGGGGAUCGGGUUAUUGGUGUUAGUGGCUUCUAUGGUAUGGCUGAAGAAUGCAUUACUCACCAGAAGACACUGUGGAAGAUUCCAGAAAGGGUUUCCUUCCAAGAAGCUGCUGCCCUGCCUGUAUCUUAUGGCACUGCUAUUUUGGCCUUGGAACAUCGGGCCCGUACCCAGCCUGGAGAGACUGUCUUAGUGACGGCAGCAGCUGGAGCCACAGGCCUUGCAGUGAUAGAUGUGGCAACAAAUGUUCUUCAGGCCAAGGUAAUAGCCGCAGCUGGAAGUGAAGCAAAGUGCAAGCUGGCCGUGCAGAGGGGGGCACAGUUCAGCGUGAACUACAGUCAGAGUGGCCUGAAGGAGGCAGUGGGGAAGCUGGUGGGCAGUGUCGGAGUGAAUGUGGUUAUCGACACUGUGGGAGGCGAUGUCUUCCUGGAGGCUCUCCGCAGCCUGGCAUGGGAGGGCAGGAUUGUGGUGGUGGGGUUUGCUGGAGGAACCAUUGCUUCUGUACCAGCCAACCUUCUACUUCUGAAGAAUGUCUCUGCCAUGGGGGUAUACUGGGGCCGGUACAAAGAAAAGAACUUUUCUGUCUUCUCCAAGAGCCUGUCCUCGGCACUUCAGUAUUGCCAGCAAGGACGCAUCCAGCCUCAUAUUGGAGCAGUGUUUAAGCUGGAGGAGAGUGAGUUAGCCAUCUGUGAAACUGAAUCCCCUGAGGCCAUGAAGGAGCUGAAUUUUGAGAACUCUUGUCUACAUCACUGGCAUCUCAAACAGAAGGGAUUCAUGGUCAAUGAUGCCUUCCUUCAUGUGAUGCAGCGCAGAUCCACCGGCAAGGUGCUCAUCGCUCUUAAAUAA